AUGGAGGAAAUAACAUCGACUGUUGCAGUGCCAUUCACACUUGGGAAUUUAAUACAAAAAGAUCCAGCAGUGACAACCCACAUGGAGAUAACUGGUCUAAAGCUCAGGGCAAAUACUGCACCAGUUUUAAUAUUAAAUUCUCAGAUUGAAAGUGAUAAUCACACAGAUAUUGGUCCACAAACCCAAAAUAAAGUGUCUUCAGAGGCAAAGGGGAAUCAGAUUGGAGCUGACCUUGUCUCAGAAAUGGUUAGUCAAGGAGACAAUAACCGUUUCCAUGCUGAAAACCAAAACCAGGCAUGGAAAGAAAAUGAAUCAUUGUUAGCUAAGGAUUUUCAGUGUGAGCAUAUCUCGCAAUCUGCGACUGGUGACAAAAAUAGCCUUUGUAGGGAGGAAUCUUCUGUUUUUAGGACUAAUUGUUGUGAAAUAAGCUCACCUAUCACUAUCAAGGUUGAUGAUAACACAAUUCAUGGAAGGUUCGGUUCGACCGAGCCGCCACGUGCAGCUACAGAGCCUGUGCAGAACAUGAUUUCUGUUGCUAGAGGACAUGAGAGUGAAGAAGGAAGUGGAUCAGAUGAGUCUGAUAAAAAACCAUGUGCUGUGGUUCAUGAGAUGCCAGAGAAGUCAACAUGCUUGGAAAUUAGUGAUGCCACCAGUACUACCCCACUUUGGGGUUGCUCAUCAGUUUGUGGAAGGAGAGAGGAGAUGGAAGAUGCUAUUUCUGUUAGGCCUCACCUUUUUCAAUUCAGUUCAAUGAUGGUAAUGGAUGACUAUGUGAGUGAAAACUCAAAAUCUUCACCAGCCCACUUUUUUGGUGUCUAUGAUGGACAUGGGGGCUGUCAGGUUGCUAAUUACUGCGGGGAACAUCUUCAUUCAGUGUUGGUUGAUGAGAUAAAAGCUGCACAAUCAAGCUUGGAUGAACAGAAUGGGAAGGAAAACUGGGAGGAUCAAUGGAAGAAGGCAUUCUCCAAUUGUUUUCACAAAGUAGAUGAUGAGGUUGGAGGGGUUGGUGAAGGUAAUGGAGAAACUGUUGAACCUCUUGCUCCUGAGGCUGUUGGCUCCACUGCUGUGGUUUCCCUUUUGACUCAAACUCACAUAAUAGUUGCAAAUUGUGGAGAUUCAAGAGCUGUUUUGUGUCGUGGAAAAGAAGCAAUGCCAUUGUCUGAUGAUCACAAACCAAAUAGAGAAGAUGAAUGGGAAAGGAUAGAAGCUGCAGGAGGAAGGGUUAUACAGUGGAAUGGGUACCGAGUUCUAGGUGUUUUGGCAGUGUCAAGGUCCAUAGGUGAUAGGUACUUGAAACCGUGGAUAAUUCCAGAGCCAGAAGUGAAGUGUGUUCAAAUAGACAAAAACGACGAGUGCCUCAUUCUGGCCAGUGAUGGAUUGUGGGAUGUCAUGACAAAUGAAGAAGCCUGUGACUUUGCAAGAAGGAGAAUCCUUCUUUGGCAUAAGAAGAAUGGCAACAACUCAUCGUCACAAGAAGACCAAGGACCUGACCCUGCAGCUCAGUAUGCUGCAGAGUAUCUAUCUAGACUUGCCCUCCAAAGAGGAAGCAAAGAUAACAUCUCUGUCAUUGUUAUAGACUUGAAGCCCCAAAGAAAAUUCAAGAAAAAAGAAUAA